AGCUGGAUGGCUCGUACAUCUGUGGAACCCUCUGAGAAGAUUGGAGCGCCUAACUAAUGCUUAGAACUGCUGAAGUGGCCAAUCUGCCAUCUCACUAAUCCAGUCAGCUCCCUGCUCCUCAAAUCUGAUUUGGUUUUUAGACACUGAGACCUCAGAGCUGGGCAUCUCCACAGAUCCCUACAAAUUCCCUCACGUGUCAUCCAGGGGCCUCACCCUUGCCCUGUGGGGUUAUCUGAUAGGAUUUCACCGGUUUCCUCAGAGCACGGGCUGGCUGCUCACCAUCUGAAAGCACAGGUACCCUCUCCUGACUUUCCUGGCCAUCUCAACUGGUUGGUGACAAAUUACAAGCCUUCCAACCUCUGACGUACAUCCCAGGGGACAGACAACAUGGCGGCCUGUGUGAAGACCAAUAAAUCCCACGUCAUCUUCAAGAAAGUCUCUCGGGACAAGUCGGUGACCAUCUACCUGGGGAAGAGAGACUAUGUAGACCACGUCAGCCAAGUAGAGCCUGUAGAUGGUGUCGUAUUGGUGGAUCCUGAGCUUGUGAAAGGGAAGAAAGUGUAUGUCACCCUGACCUGCGCCUUCCGCUAUGGCCAGGAGGACAUUGAUGUGAUUGGCCUGACCUUCCGCAGGGACCUGUAUUUUUCUCGGGUCCAGGUAUACCCUCCUGUUGGGGCCGUGAGUGCCCUUACCCAGCUCCAGGAGAGCCUGCUCAAGAAACUGGGAGACAACACAUACCCAUUUCUGCUCACGUUUCCUGACUACCUACCCUGUUCAGUGAUGUUGCAGCCAGCUCCACAAGAUGUAGGGAAGAGCUGUGGGGUUGACUUUGAGGUUAAAGCAUUUGCCACAGACAUCACAGAUCCUGAAGAGGACAAGAUCCCCAAGAAGAGCUCUGUGCGGUUACUGAUCCGGAAAGUGCAGCAUGCCCCACUUGAGAUGGGUCCCCAGCCCUCUGCCGAAGCCUCCUGGCAGUUCUUCAUGUCUGACAAGCCCCUGAACCUCUCAGUCUCCCUCAGUAAAGAGAUAUAUUUCCAUGGGGAACCCAUCCCCGUGACCGUGACUGUGACCAAUAACACAGAGAAGGUUGUGAAGAAGAUUAAAGUAUCAGUGGAACAAAUAGCCAAUGUGGUUCUCUACUCAAGUGAUUAUUACGUCAAGCCUGUGGCCUCAGAGGAAACACAAGAAAAAGUGCAGCCAAAUAGCACUCUGACCAAGACGCUGGUGCUUGUGCCCCUGCUGGCUAACAACCGAGAAAGAAGAGGCAUCGCGCUGGAUGGGAAGAUCAAGCAUGAGGACACAAACCUGGCCUCCAGCACCAUCAUCAAGGAAGGCAUCGACCGGACCGUCAUGGGCAUCCUGGUGUCCUAUCAUAUCAAGGUGAAGCUCACUGUGUCGGGCUUUCUAGGAGAGCUCACCUCCAGUGAAGUGGCUACUGAGGUGCCGUUCCGUCUCAUGCACCCACAGCCUGAGGACCCAGCAAAAGAAAGUGUUCAGGAUGAAAAUUUGGUUUUUGAAGAGUUUGCUCGCCAAAAUCUGAAAGAUGCUGCAGAGAACACAGAAGGGAAGAAAGAUGAGGAUGCGGGCCAGGAUGAGUGAAGACUUAGCCUAGAUGCCUAGAAACCGCUUGUAGUUUCGGGUGCCUUGAGGGAAGCCCCCGGGGUAACCUUUCAGAGUUAUGCUAGAUAUAAAGGGAUGAGCAUUCCUCCCAGAAAUAAAGUCUGUGGGUCCUCU